AUGUGGGAGGUGAGAAGGGGUCUGAGGAGAAAGAAGGUGGGUCUGAUAAUGGGAGAGAAGAAAGUGGAUCACAGUGAUGUGAGCGGUGAGGUAAAUGAUGAGCAUGUGAAGAAGGGGAAGGGUAAAAAAAAUAAAAGAAAGAACGAAAAUGGAGGUGAUUCUGGAGAAAGCUGCAUUGAGAAGUCUGACGGUGAGGCUGAAUCUGGUUCUUGUUCUUCUAAGAAGAGGAAUAGAGAGGAGGAAGUGCUGGACGUAGAUAUAGGAGAGGGGAAGAAGAAGAAGAAGAAGAAAAAGAAAGGGUCCAAAUUGGAUGCACAUAUUGAGAAUAUAAAUGCGAAUGUUGGAGAUGUUGAAACAGAAAACAAUUUCGGAAGUGCAAAUGAGCAUUUGAGAAACUCGUAUUCCAAAAAGUCAUCCAAAAGAGUAAAAUUUGCUAAUCAUGUAGAAGUCUUUCCUGCAUCUGAUGACCAAGAUGAGCAGGAGGAAAACCCAGGAACUGAGUUGAUUCGAGAGUUCUAUGUGCCCUUGUUGUGGACCUGUGGUGAAUCUGGUGAUGCACAUCGAACACAUAUUGUCUUACUAGCAAUCCGUGUGACACACACAACAAAAGUGGAACAUGUACCCCCUCACAUUCAUGUAUUUUCACAAUUAAUAUGUAAUAGGUUCAAAUGGUGUGAUGAGUCGAUGGUUCCACUUUCUGAGCUUGGGAUUUAUAACUUGAAGAGGUAUUUGAAACUUUCAGGGGCUGCCUUACCGUGUAGGGCUUCGAGAUCAGUAUGUCACAGAGCAAAUAUUUUGUUUACGAGGGAGGACGAAAAGGACCAAGAUGAUGUGGAGGAAAACCCAGGAAUUGAGUUGGUUAGAGGUAAGAGGUUCACGAAGGAAGAAGAUCAGAUAAUCAAAGAUGCUGUUCACAAGUAUAUAGAGAGUAGAAAUUCUUUCAGGGUUCUGUGUGCCCUUGUUGAUGAUGUGGCACUCUUUAUCAGCUCAUAA